AUGUCUCAUCGGAGUCACAGCCCACAUGAUUCUAUCAGUAGUGGAAGUGAUGACCUCAGUACCAUCCCGACGAUUGAUGAUCGCCGUCUGUCGGAAGCUGGGCCCAUGCCCUCAGGAGGCCUCACUCAUCGCCAAAGCAAUCCCAACGAAGUCGAGCUAGAGCGAAUCAAUACUUAUCGACUCCAACAACGCUCAACUGUUGGCUCCGGCAUAGGAAUCACACCGCGUGACCAGUGGCUCCCCCUCGGAGCUGGGAAGCCUCAUCCUCCAUCACUCCCAGACCCGGAACAAUACGUCGUCGAAUUCAACGAUGCAGACGAUCCUAUGCACCCCCAGAACUGGUCCCUCGCAAGCAAAAUCGGUAUAUCAGUGACCCUAGCAUAUACAACAUUCGUUUCGUCUUUCGCCAGUGCCAUCUUCUCCUCCACGGUCGGACAUGUCAGUGCUCACUUUCACAUCAGCACGGAAGUCGCUGUGCUCGGUGUGACGCUAUACGUUCUGGGAUUUGCUUCGGGCCCAACGGUAUGGGCACCGGCAAGUGAGCUCAUCGGGAGACGAUGGCCGAUCUGCGUUGGUAUGUUCGGGUACUCCAUUUUCUCCAUUGCGGCAGCGACCAGCAAGGACGUCCAGACUUUGAUGAUAUCGCGAUUCUUUGCUGGCUUUUUCUCUGCUAGCCCGAUCGCUAUUGUUCCGGCCGUGUACGCCGAUAUUUGGAAUAACCAGACGCGUGGUGUCGCUAUUGCUAUGUUCGCCAUGGCUGUGUUCGUGGGACCAUUCGCGUCUCCAUUCACUGGUGGCUUCAUCACCAUGUCUUAUCUGGGAUGGCGGUGGACGAUGUACAUCUCCUCCUUCAUGGGAUGGCUGGCCACUGGUCUUUGUCUUCUUUUCUUGAAAGAGACCUAUGCACCCGCUGUCCUUGUGGAGAAAGCCGUCAUCCUGCGACGGCAGACACACAAUUGGGGAAUCCGCGCGAGACAAGAAGAGAUCGAGCUCGAUUGGGGCGAUCUGAUCACGAACAAUUUCAGUCGGCCAUUCCGCAUGCUUUUCACCGAGCCAAUUGUUUUUCUGAUCUCUCUCUGGAUGAGCUUUGUAUAUGGCCUGAUGUACGCGCUUCUCGGUGCGUACCCCGUUGUAUUCCAAGGAAUCCACGGAAUGAAUCUCGGUGUUGGAAGUCUUCCAUUCAUCGGAUUGAUUAUUGGCGAGUUUCUAGCUGGGGCCUAUCUCCUUUAUGAUCAGAGGGCAUAUACCAAAAAGUUGGCUGCCAACAAUGACAUGCCCAUUCCGGAAUGGAGACUUCCUCCUGCCAUCCUUGGAGGUAUUUGCUUUUGUAUCGGGCUCUUCUGGUAUGGCUGGACUGGAUGGACAAAGUCAAUCCAUUGGAUGGCUCCCACAGCCAGCGGAAUCAUGACUGGAUUCGGCAUUUAUGUCAUCUUCCUGCAAUGCUUCAAUUACUUGAUUGACUCAUAUUUGACAUUUGCCGCAUCUGUCUUUGCUGCGAAUACUAUCAUUCGAUCGGCGGUGGGAGCUGCAUUCCCCCUGUUCUCGAAGCAGAUGUUCAUCAACUUGGGUGUGCAGUGGGCCGGCACACUUCUUGGGUGUCUGGCACUCAUCAUGAUCCCGAUUCCCUUGCUAUUCAUCAAAUAUGGACCUGCGUUGCGCAAGAGAUCUAAGUUCGCUCCAGUCUUCGAGCGUCCUCUUCCAUCAAGGUCGGAGAAAACAGAGUCUGUUUAG